GAUAUAUCUGCUGAUGUGUCCUGUCAGGCUCGUGCUCUCCAGUUUAGUACUAGUAUAUAUUUUGCCCGUUAUUUCCCGUUCAGGAUUAGUUAAAGAGCCAUAUUUAGGCCCACCGGACCUAGUAGUGACUGGAAAAGAAUCACAUCGUCCUUUCGGAGGGUGACCAGCGUGGCUACUGCACAAGUAAAUAAAAUGGCCAGCAAAGGGGACAUGGACAGACACAUGGCUAAACACACGGGUGGAAUGCCUUACAGGUGUGGGGAGUGUGAAUACACCACAGAUAACCAGUCAAACCUGACCAAGCACAAUAAGAUGGUACAUACCAGUGAGACGCCAUACAAGUGUGAUCAAUGUCACUUCUACACGUGUGGGGAGUGUGAAUACAAGACACAUUGGCAGCCAAGCCUGACAAGACACAUUAAGAUGGUACAUACCAGAGGGAAGCCGUACAAAUGUGACCAGUGUGACUUCUGCACAGCUCGGAAAGGGGACCUGGACACACACAUAGCUGAACACUCCGGUGAGAAACCCUACUUGUGUGAGAACUGUGGGUACAGGACAGCCGACAAGAUUCAGCUAUCUCGUCAUAUGAGGAUGCAUCUCCAUACAGAACAAAAGCACCAGUGUGACCAGUGUGCCUUCAGCACGCUUUUGAAAUCGAGUUUGGACAACCACAAGUUAAAACAUGCAAGUGAAAAGCCUUACAUGUGUGGGAAGUGUGGGUACAGGACAGAUCACUUCUAUGUUCUGUCUACGCAUAUGAAGACACACACAACACAGCAGUCGUUUAAGUGUGACCAGUGUGCCUAUUGCACAUCUAGAAAAUCAGCUCUCAUUCAACAUAUGGCUAUGCACACUGAUGAGAAACCUUACAUGUGUGGUGAGUGUGGGUUCAGGACAGGUUUCAAGUCUGCCCUGUCAAAACAUAUGAACAAACAUACAGAACAGAAGCUGUACAAGUGUGACCAAUGUGACUACCGCACCUGCAGCUAA